GAAGCAGGUGGGCCAUUGACGGGUUCUUUGAUAGGGGGUUUAGCUGGGGGACUUCCGCCUUGCAAACCAUCUGUAGAUGCUGUCCGUGAUGACGGUGCGUCGUUGUCCAUGGUGCUGUUGGGCUAUGGGGGGAAAGAAAUUGUCUGAGGAUUCGAUGGAUGGGUGCGUGUCGAUGCCUUUUUAGGUUCCGCAGAGCUGUCCCAGCAACCUCGUCGCGGCCCUAACGUCCAAAGCUCGCACAAAGCCCCUGCAUGUUGUUAUUUCAUCUCGAAUCGAAUUGUGUACCACCUUCUUUGGACUUGAAACGGUGAAAUGGUUGUGCUGUUGGUUCGGGUUGGCGCUUUCAUGUCAGCGGUUCCAAAGCCUUGUGAUGACGGGAAGCUCAUUGGCCGGCGGGCACCAGACACUCGGGCUCUUAAAUCCCAUGCCUUCCCCAAUUUCUCUGGUCUCUGUUUCCACCAUGACAACAUGGCAACUUCUCCAUCUGUUACGAUGACCACCACCGCCACCACAGUCCUUCACCAGAUCACCGCUUCACCGCCUCAACCAGGACCAACCGUCAUCCCGGACACGUCGCUCGUGUUGAAUCUAGGCAACCUGCUGGCCAGCGUUGAAGAUUUUGACGAGGCUCUCCGCCAGCGUCCCAGAACCAGCUGUUGGCAAGAUGCCGUAGAUGCCAUUGAGAAAGCCAAGAAUGCGGACAAGGAAAAGGCGAGCAACUCCCGCGUUCGAGGCUACCUGAGAAAGUCCAAGGUCGAGAUCAGUAUGCUCGAGUCGCUCACCGGCGUAAUUCCGGACCAGAAUGGUUUGAGCAUCCUUCGCUGCGGUCUGGCAACCAUCUUCAGCAUGGCGACGGUGCGUCUGCAGCUCCAAGAGACCAUUCUCGACGCGUUGGAGGAUAUUCCCGACACUUUUGCCCAAGCCCUCAACGCAUUGAGUUGUUUUCCGGAUGCCCCAGACGUCCUGCUCGCUGUGAGGGAGCUGUACUGCAUCCUGCUUUUCCAGGUCGAUACGCUCAUACGUGUCUUACUCCGCAGCCAUCCCCAGAAAAAUAGGAUGAAGUCUCUCUGGAGUCAGCUUCCAGCAAAGGAGACCGAGGUCGUCCACCUCGCUCUGCAGGAGGUGGCACGAGCCGCUGCGCGUGUAUCACAAUGCUCGCAGGCAGCGCUGGAGCGAACUGUGGCCAACAUCGACCGCAAAAUGGACCAUUUUGGGGACACUAUCAUGUCGGCCAUAGGUCAAGUCCGCAUACAAGAGCGGGAUAUACAACCAGACCUCGAGAGCGUCGUACGAACCGCCAUCCAGGAUACCCUCGAUAAAUGGAGGCCUUCACUUUCGGAGAGCCAACCUCCUGUACUCUACAUUCUCGAGGCAUCUCCACAGACUCCAUCGGCUUCUUUCCCUUGGCACCAUAGCUCAAUAAGCCCUAUGUCGAUAUCUCCGGGGCCUAUAUUGUCGUCAUACUCUGCCCCACAAAAGCCGGUGCCGUUGCCAACAUCACCGUCACCCUCGCCCACAGCGUCACCGAACAGGGCACUGCCAUCAAUGUUUCCAUUAACCCCAACUAAGACAGUACCACCAGCAAGUUCCAGCGAUCUACUGCUAGCCAGGUUCGGGGUGUCAGAUGGCCUAUCAGAGGAUGUGCUUGACGACGUCACCCAGCAAAGCAGCCGGCUUCGACCUGACGCCAUCAGCCGUGGCAUGUAUCUCCUGUCUACCGAUCGCUUUCUCAGAUGGAUUCAAGCACCGCGUUGGUUCUCGGACAUGAUUCUUGUCGAUGGACACUGCACUGAUGCCGUAGUCGACAAAGUCUCACCCAUGACGACUGUUUGUGCUCACGUUGUCACGGCGCUACGUGAGAACCCAUCGGCUAUCGUUCUGUAUCACUUUUGCGGCCAAAAUACCUCCUUCCUAGACCCUUUACGCGGAACUUUUGGCUUAGUCCGGAACCUGGUUCGUCAAUUGUGUCAGCACGCAUUACAUCUAAACCUCAACGGCCACAUGGCCGACACGAUAGAUGAGUAUAAUCUCCCAGCGCUUUGCGAUCUCUUUAGCGAAGUCAUAAAGCAGCUUGAUCCGUCUCAACCAGUCUUCUGCAUCGUUGACGGAGUCUCAGAGUUGGAGACAGUGCUGGAUGGUUGGUGGGAUGAUGUUUGUGACUUUAUAGAGUGUCUGUUGGAGCAUGUCAACACCGCCCCCGAACAUCGAAAGGGUCCGGCGCUGAGAGUAAUGCUUACCUCCAUGGAAAGAGCUACACGGUUGGCAGAUGACGGAGUGGUGCCCAAAGAUCGGACGGUAUCCCUUAUCGCGAGGCGGAGUGACUACGCAGGUUUUGUCACAGAUUUGUGAGUCCGAUCCAAGCCAGAAUGUUCAGGGUUAUCUCCUAAUCGUACGUCUCCUCAGACUUUUGUGAGAUAUAAUCAGUAUUUCCAACGUACCUACCUAAUCUUUGUGGUCGAAGUUCGUGCUGAACGUCGAAAAAACCUGGAACCAUCGAUGAAUUUACGCCAGUUUGAUCAAAGACAUUUCGCCUUUGCCAUAGAGCAUCGCCAUCAACAUGUUACUCUGUCGAUAUCUGUUCGGUUCUGAGUUUGUCCUCCUCGUGGUAGAACAUGGCAGAUACGAGUCGUGGUAUCAUGAGCCAACGAACAGGAUCGUGAGAGCUUCGGGGAGUUUUGAUACAUCCUCGCUGAGGCUAUAUAAUGAGUAUAUCUACUUUCACAUUUCAUCUCAGCUCAGAUGGAACAUCUCGACAACGUUCACCGUUCAGGUUUCACGACCAUGAACAGUUGCCUGGGCUUUGAAUGCAAUGGCGCGGUAUCAGUGGAGCACUUCAUGUACGGAUUUAAAAGGGCGAUGA